AUGAUGCUCAAGUCUGUCCUUCUCGCUGCCCUCGCGCAUCUCGGCCUUGCCGCCGCAGCCGCUUCCUCUGUCCCAGCCAGCACCACGCAGUCAGGCAGCCCAUCUCCUACGAUCCAGAUGUUCUUUGCUGGCACAGCACGGCCCACCGAAGGUGGCCCUGUGUCUCUACUUGUAGAUGCAUCGGUAGUCGAAGUGAAAGCGCCGUUGACCACCGUUGCUGUCUGCAUUAACUACAUCUCGCGACAUCAGUGCGAAGAGAGCAUGCGACAGACCUUUACUCUUGGUGGCACCACACUACUGGAGUAUAACGAGAUUAACACUGAGGGAAGCGCACCAGGAACCAUCCGUGGCGCCUGCACUAUUAAGGAAGCGGCUACCUGCAGCGUAUCCCUUUCUACGUCGAUAGGCAGCUUUAGCACCAACAUAGUAGAAACUACCACCUACGCGGCAUCAGAAGUCACUUUCGUCCCCGUCACCAUCACUGCUGGAGCUGAGAAGUUGUCCUCAGCCACCAACCAGCCCAGCAGCACCGGCAAGCCGAACAGCGGUCCCAAGGCAACUGGCAUGCCUAACCUGGCACUUCUCGGUGGUGCUGCUGCUGUCGGUGCUGCGUUGGUUUUGUAA